UGAUGAAUGCGUUGUUAUAGCUAUCUGUCAAGCGGCUAGAUCAAGGGUAGAAGGGACCGAACAGCCUUAUGACGAAAUGGCUAUGCGCUCUGAAAUCAAAACUGAUGAUCCAUACAAGUUUGUUCAGGUUCUCUGGGUUGAUUGGAAAGGGAGUAUUGCUUAUCGUUGCGGAACUGGUCGCAUCUGGGCGAAAGUCUGGGAGAGACAAAAUGAAGAAAAGUUGACAUUGUCCUCGGAUGAGUAUCAAGUGUUCGCAACUCUUUAUGGUUUGCUGAUUAAUUCUUGUUUUGUACUCCGGAAUGCCUGCUGGGAAAAGUAAUGAGGGUAAAACAAUAUAUGUAACAAGUGAUGUGUCUUAAG